AUGCCCGUGUCGCUGGAUGAUAUCAACAACCUGAAUUGCACCCGGGAUUUGGGUCCUUUUGGACGACGACAUGGUCUGUGGCACGGCAGCGCCGACGACAGCCAUCACGUCUUGGGCAGAGACGGAAAGGUCCUCGGUAUGGACCUUUCUCUUGGAAUGGUGCAAGCUCCGCAUUGUCAGUACAACAAGGACAAGAGAGGUGGAGCUUUCCAUGCGCCACAAGCGAUUGUGCUCCGCAUCUUCACUCUGCAGCCCGUCUGGAUGGCUUGA